CACUAUAUCUGAAGCUAAAUUUGUUGGUUUUCUGCAAAGACGUGGAUGAAAUUAGCAUCGUAGAAACCUUACAGUACGACUUUGGUACAAUAAGAACCGCUACGGAUAACUUUUCUGAUAGUAACAUGCUUGGACGAGGCGGAUUUGGAGCGGUUUACAAG